AUGGAAGCAAGUGGAAGUGGAUCUGGACAAUCAAAGUCACAAACACUGAUAGAGAAUAUACUAAUUUUAGGAUUAAGAAGAUCGGGAAAGUCAUCAAUCGUUGAAGUUGUGUACAAGUCAUUACCGCCGGAUGAUUCAUUAUUCUUGGAAAGCACUUUGAAAUGCACCCCAUUCGACGUGAAUACCAUUCAACCUGUCAGAAUUUGGGAUGGCACGGGAAAUGCUGAAAGUAGUGCACUCACCGCACAACAAUCGCAAGGUUCUCAAGCAAGAACAUCCAAAUCGGCUGGAAAUGGAUCAGGUCAAUCGAGUGGAAAUACGACCAAAAGUGUGAAAGGCAAGCAUGCUUGGGGAACGGGCGGUCAACUAUUUUGGGUGGACACUUCAGCUGUUAUCUUUGUUAUUGAUUCGCAAGAUGACUUUUACGAUGCGAUUGAUCGUUUGAAUGACGUUAUAAUAGAUGCAUAUUCUCACAAUCCACUCAUCCAAUUUCACAUCUUCGUUCACAAGGUAGACGGUCACAGUACGGAUUAUCGAUACGACACUUUGCAAAACAUUCAAUCCAGAGUAUGCCCGGCUCAUCCGAUCCCUCUGGUCCACAUGAAUCAAACUUUGCUUCUUCCACUCUUUGGACCUGACUUGGAACGUGAUGUUCGAUUAUCGUUCCAUGCAACUUCGAUCUAUAAUCCAAGCGUUUUUGUUGCAGUUUCGAGGGUGCAAAUGGGAUUGAUGAACAGUGACGUCUCAAGAACGCUGGAAGAUAUGUGUAAUGGACUGGCACAUUCUUGCAAAUUUGAAAAGGUGUAUCUUUUUGACGUACCUACCAAGACGUACAUCUCCGCAGACAGCAGUCCAUACGAUGAAAACAAUUUCGAAGCAAUUUCAGAGUAUCUCAACUUUUUGGUCCAAUUCAGUGGUCUAUACGGAAGCCUGGCAAAUGAACAAAUCCAAAAAGAGUCAGACAAAGGUACGGAUCGAGAAGUUCGUUAUUCUGCCAGCAUCGUUCGCUUGUCACCCGAUACAACAUUAGGCUUCCAUCAGAUCAACCAUCAUAUGGCACUGGCAUUCAUCAUGCGAACCGAUAUCCAUACAAAACAUGCGGGAAUGAUUGAUUUUAAUAUUGCAAUCGCACGAAAAGCAAUCAUUGACAUUUAUGAUACUUGUCGUUCUUGAUGUCUUUAUUUGUGCAAAAAAAAUUUAGCAAGCUAGAAUAGAAGCACCAAAAAAUGUUCAGCACUCGUUCUAUGCAAACCUUUUCAACAAUUUUAUACCAGCAAAAAAAUCCACAAACAAUCCCAAUUUCCUUUCCAUUGGAGCAUUCACAAUCU